AUGGAUUCGGAUAUGUGGCUGAAAAGACCGGGGGCAAGGCCGGAAGAUACGAGUGCCGAGGCAAUCAAAAGUAUGGACGCAAAGGAGCUGGAGGAGGAGAUCCAACGCGAAGCUGAAUUGGUCUUCCGGAGCAGCGCACUGAAAGUCAUCAGCGAAAGCUCCGAUGAUUAUGGCGUAUUGACAGCGUUCAGCAGUGUACCAAAGCCAUCGACGGAUUUGGAGGGUCUCGGUGAUGAUAUGUUAUAUACCUCAACAGUAACACCCGAAAUACAACCACUGCGUGAUCCAGAAACCGGUGAAGUGAAAGGAUUCUAUGAAAUUUAUCCCGAUCACGACGAUGACGCAGGUGAUUCGAGAACCUCAAUGUCUCUCAACAGGUAA